UUCUGGACCAAACUAGGGUUUCCGAGCUACCUUCUCGUCCUCCGGCGGCCCGAUGGGCGGUGGCGCGACGGACAAGUGCCAGAGCAGCACGGGUCGUCGCCCUGAUCAGCCAAUCCUUGAGUCCCGUCAUAUUCAAGAGGUCGCCUCGCCCUCGCUCCCGAUCCCGGACGAACUCCUGGAGGAUAUUUUCCUCCGGCUGCCAACGCCAGCCGAUCUCGUCCGUGCCUCCGCCACCUGCGUCUCCUUCCGACGCGUCACUGCCGACUGCUCUUUCGUCCGGCGCUUCCGCAAGCUCCACGACCCGCCUCUCCUCGGCUUCCUCGACAGAUGCAUGGUCUUCCAUCCCGUUGUAGCGCCGCACCGCACCGCGAUAGACGCCAGCGCCUUCGACUUCUCCUUCCUUCCCGUCCCCGCUAGCUGCUGGAUCGUCCGGGACGUCCGCGACGGCCGCAUCCUUCUCGACAGUAACCUCCUCCGAGAACACACCGUCUUCAAGGACAUGGUGGUCUGCGACCCCUUGCACCGGCGAUACCUCCUACUCCCCAAAAUUCCGGACAAGCUAAGAGCUUCGGUGGAGGAUCCGCGCCCAUUAGCAAUGGGACGAUGGUGCGAUAACUUCCUUGUCCCUCCUAACGACCAGGACGAGGAAAUAGCUUGGAUGUCAUUCAGAGUGAUCUUCAUGGCGCAGUGCAAAUCUAAGUUGUUCACCUUUAUCUUCUCUUCCAGCACCGGGCAAUGGCGAGCUGUUCCACCACAAAGUUUGAGUGAUUUGUUUCCUGACUUGUUAGGGCCGGAGCAAGUCUUGGACUCACGCCAAUACGCGUAUGGCUGCUUUUACUGGAUUAAAAAACUGAAUAGAGAAAUAAAAAUGUUGGUGCUUGACACCCGAAGGAUGGAGUUUUGCAUUGUUAAAACCCCACCAGAAGCAAAAGCUAGACAUGCUGAAGAUAUAACCAUGGUGGAGGCAGGGGAAGGCAGGCCUGGGAUGUUUGUGCUUGCACAUGGUCGUACAUAUGACCUCAGUUAUUAUAGCAUUAGGACAAACAAUGGUGGGAGUUUCAGCCAGUGGCAGUGCGAGAAGACAAUUUCACUAGGUUCUUGGUGCUUGUUGAUAGGUUCCAUGAAGAGGUGCUUGCUCCUGUAUCAGGGCUGCAGCUCAUCGUCUGAACCAGGUUGUUACACACUGGAUAUCCAAACAUUCCAACUUGAGAAGGUGUGCCAUGUUACACAUCAGUGUGGUUUCCUUAAGUUGUAUGCAUAUAUCAACUUCCCACCAUCAUUGUUUUCAUUACCGACAAUAUCAAGUGGUGUUGAGAACGAGGAUGACUAGAUGCUGGAACAAGCAAAGGCUGCGCUGCAUGCUGAAGCGCAUAUUCAGCUUGGUCAGAAUAGUGUUGAUGCAAAUGCUGGAGGUCUGGCUGAUGUGUUGAUGAGGAUUAGAGAUGUUGCUGACGUUGCGAUGCAAAUCAACGGUUGACCACUAAGUUGCCUCUGUUUUGGUCUGGUAGUAUGGUCAUCCUAAAGGGGGAAACCUGGAGUGUUUUAUCUUGUGUUCCUUAACCUGGCAAUGAUUGUUGCGUUUGUUUGUCGGAUAAGUUAGAGAGAGUAUUAACGAUGUAUAAUAUCUUAGUCAUUAGGUUAAG